CUAUUCUCAGGAUAAUUCUCUCCUUUACACCCUUUAUACACAUUGCGGACAAUGAAGAGCGUGGGGUCUGGCCUAAAUACUGGCAGACUGGCAUCAGUCCAGCAUGUCAUCGAUGGCAUUGUUGGGGGAUUUCUCGCUCCUAUUGUAUCGGAGGAAUGAACCAGAGUUCGACCCCAGCCUAUCCGACACCUCGAAGGCCCCUAUGAUAUUAAGCAUCUCUGGAUUUUUCUCCGGCGUUGCCCUCCUCGUUGUCUUCGUGAGGCUUUAUGUUCGCAUAUUCGUUGCCAAACGCUUUUCGCUCGAUGAUUUUUUCAUAACACUUGCAUCGGUCUGCGCCUCUCUCCUUAUCGGGUAUUUAAUUUUUGAAUCGAAACAUGGACUUGGGCGAUAUACCCAGUUCCUAACAAGAUCUGACCUUUCUGCGCUUGUAAAACUCGCGUACUUUCAUUUCAUGAUCCUUGGACUUGGAAUCUACUCUGUGAAGAUAUCAUUCGGCCUCUUUCUUCUGCGAGUUCUUGGAAGAGGAAAAAGACGUGUCUUCGUGAAAUGUAUCCUUGCUGCUCUAUUUGUUCUUCUGUUGGCCCAUCUCGGGCUUCAAAUCUUCCGCUGCAUUCCCGUGUCUGCUGGGUGGUCACUCACUGAGAGAGACACGGCGCAAUGUUUGUCGAGAACGGGGUUUAUGGUGUUUAAUAUGGUAAUCUGUGGUAUCGAUGCUGCUAUUGAUGGUUGUUUUGUAACUUUCUGCGUUGUUUUGUUUCAUAAUCUUCAGAAUACCCGACGGUUUCGGUUGGCAUUUAUAGUGAUGGUGGCAUUCGGUUAUCUGACAUGCUUCGCUGCAAUAAUUAAAACUUCAAUGUCGGUGUACGCUUUGAAAGUGAAGGUGAAAUACCGUGGUGAUGACUACGGUUUAUGGUCUCUUCUGGAACUCCAUCUAGCUUUAAUCUCGACAUCUCUUCCGACCCUAGGACCCAUGUUUAAACGAUUUUUCUCCUCCCAAGCCGAGUCAGCCCACCAGCUUACCACCGGCUGCUACACCCGUCGCCGCCCCGAGCGACUCAACCUUUCGCGGCUUUCUACCGCAAAAAGUUUCCCUCAAGCGACUCCCCGCCCCAGCACCAUUCACAGCGAGUCAAACGACUUCGAAAAAAACCCGGGAAAUCGGGCCGGAAUAUGCAACUACAAGGUCGAGAUCACCGGCCCGGCUAUGCCCAAAAAGAUCAGAACCAGCUCAUUUGGCGGAUAUCGCCCUUCUAUUAAUAAUAUUAACGAGAAUUGCGAGACUGGAGAGAUCAUUUCGUGUCCUCCCAAUGCAUUCACAGCGAAAUUCCGGUCAUCCAGAGAAGAAAGUGAAGCGUGCCCAAGCUCACCCACGAGUGGUAUUGUACGAAGGACAGAUGUUUAUGUAUGCAUGGACGAUGCGGUGGAUGAAACCUGUGAGACUGAAGGUGAAGGGACAGAACCAAGGAGAUCAAAAUGGAAAUUCUGAAUGUUAAAGCAGUGAUUGAGUUUAGCUAGUAGGGGUCGGCAUUCCGACUUUUGAGUACAACUGUUUGUUUGGGUAUCCUUUGUUGGAUAUGUUGUACUUAGCAUGAUCAUAUGCAGGAUUUUGCAGCAUUGAUGAAUCGAGGAUCCUGAAGGAACUGAUCUCCCAGUCCUCGUUAUAAUUGCUGUUGAUUUUUCAAUGGAAUGAGAGAAACAU